AUGGUAGAACUGCAAAGUGGUUUCAAAGUGAAGUGUGUGAGAAGUGAUAGAAGAGGUGAAUUCACAUCUAGUGAAUUCAACAAAUUAUGUGAAGAAGGUGGCAUUCAAAGACAACUAACCACAACCUAUACUCCACAACAAAAUGGAGUGGUGGAGAGGAAAAAUAGAACUGUGGUGGAAAUGGCCAAAGCAAUGCUUCAUGAGAAGAAUAUGCCUUACUCUCUAUGGGCAGAAGCUGUUCACACAGCAGUGUAUCUCCUAAAUCAUUCACCCACCAAGACACUGGAAAAUAUCACUCCAUUUGAAGCAUAUAAUGGCAGAAAACCAGGUAUUGGUCAUCUCAAAGUGUUUGGAUCACUUUGUUAUGUUAUGGAACGAUAUUUUAAGAGAAAGUUUUCAUCAACUACCUGUAGUUCAGAUAAUGUGGGUAGUUCAAGUGUAAGAGAUGUGGGUAUUUCAAGAGAUGUGGUGGGUAGUUCGAAAGAAAGUGAGUUGCAAGAUGUAUUGGCUAAUCUUCCUGCAGACCCUGGACUUCGACCUCAAAUGUUGGAUUAUGAUCCUAACAUUCGAGACGAAGUUCGAAGAGCAUAUCUACAGAAGGGUCCAUGUCAACCUAAGGAUCACACAUUUCCACAAACCGAUCUUUCAGGGUAUGAUCGACGCUUUAAUGUCAAGUGGUUUGAUGAGUUUGACUGGUUGGAGUACAGUAUUAGUAAAGAUGCUGCAUUUUGCCUUUAUUGUUAUCUCUUCAAAUCCAAUUUCAAAAUUGGUCAAGGCUGUAGCGAUGUCUUCACCGAGGUGGGUUUUACAAAUUGGAAGAAGAAAGAUAAAAUUAGGCAACAUGUUGGAGGUGUUGGGAGUGUUCAUAAUCAAUCUAGACAAUAUUGUGUGGAUCUUAUGAAUCAAAAGCAACACAUCCAAACAGUUUUGAUAAAGCAAUCAGACCAAGCUCGCAUUGAUUAUCGUAUUUGCUUGACAGCUUCUCUUGAUUGUGUGAGAUUUUUGUUGAAGCAAGGUCUUCCUUUUCGUGGCAAUGAUGAGAGUGACACUUCAAACAACAAGGGGAAUUAUGUAGAACUCUUACAAUUUCUUGCUGAUCAUGAUGAGAAAGUUAAGGCUGUUGUGUUAGAAAAUGCUCCAGGGAAUCUCAAGCUCAUAGCUCCAACAAUUCAAAAAGAUCUUGUGAAUGCUUGUGCAACUGAAACUAUUAAGAAAAUCAUUAAGGAUAUGGAUGGUGCCUUCUUCUCCUUAUUAGUUGAUGAAUCACGUGAUAUAUCAGUCAAAGAACAAAUGGCGGUGGUGUUUCGUUAUGUGGACAAAAGAGGGUAUGUAAUUGAAAGGUUUGUGGGCAUUCAACAUGUUAGUGACACUACAUCAAACUCACUAAAAGAGGCUAUUGACACAUUGUUUUCAAGAGAAGAAUUGAGCAUUUCCAUGCUAAGAGGACAAGGAUAUGAUGGAGCUAGUAAUAUGAAGGGUGAGUUCAAUGGUCUUAAAACACAGAUUUUGAGAGAAAAUCCUUAUGCCUAUUAUAUUCAUUGUUUUGCACAUCAACUUCAAUUAGCUCUUGUGGCUGUGGCAAAGGGAAAUGCUGAUGUUGCAACUUUCUUCACAUCUUGCAAUAGCUUGGUUAAUAUUGUUGGAGCAUCGUGUAGGCGACGUGACAUGCUUAGAGAUCAACUACAGAAGAAUAUUACAGAAGCUCUUGAAAAUGAUGAUCUUCCAACAGGGCGAGGCUUAAAUCAAGAAACUUCUCUCAAGCGUGCCGGUGAUACACGUUGGAACUCACAUUAUGGUGAAGCAAAUAGGUCUUUGAGAGAAAUACAAUCUUUUGAGUUUGUAUUUCACCUAUUUUUUAUGAGAUCUUUAUUGGGAGCCACAAAUGAUUUGUCACAAGCAUUACAAAGAAAAGACCAAGAUAUUGGGAAUGCAAUGUCUUUAGUCAAAGAUUGCAAGGACACACUACAAGAUAUGAGAGAUAAUGGAUUUGAAGCCUUGCUUGAUCAAGUAUUUUCCUUUUGUGGCAAACAUGAUAUUGAGGUUCCAAGUAUGGAUGAUGCAUAUGUAGCUCAGUGGAGAUCACAUCGCAGAGCUCCUAGAAUAACACAAAUCCAUCAUUAUCGUGUGGACAUCUUCAUUCAAAUCAUCGAGUGGCAACUUGCAGAAUUAAAUCAUCGCUUUAGUGAGGUAAAUACUGAGUUGCUUAUUUGUUUGGCAUGUUUGAGUCCGAAUGAUUCAUUCAUAGCUUUUGACAAACAAAAGCUUCUUCGUUUUGCUGAAUUUUAUCCUCAAGAAUUUACACCCCGAGACCUCUUGGCACUUGAAGAUCAACUUGGGAUUUAUAUUCAUCAUAUGCGUACAAGAAGCGAAUUUUCUCAAUUGAAAGGAAUUGGUGCCCUUGCAAGAAAAAUGGUGGAGAAAGGGUUGCAUAGAACAUUUAAUUAUGUCUAUUUGCUUCUGACAUUAGCCUUAACUUUACCAGUUGCAACUGCUUCAGUGGAGAGAGCAUUUUCUGCUAUGAAUGUUAUCAAAGGUCCACUUCGCAACCGAAUGGGAGAUCAAUGGUUGAGUGAUAGCUUACUUGUUUAUAUUGAGAAAGACGUGUUUGUUUGUAUUGAUAAUGAAACUAUAAUGGGACGUUUUCAGAAUAUGAAAACUCGUCGUGGACAAUUGUAAUGUGGUUUUUUUCUAUUAAUUAUGAAUUAUAAAUUAUCGUUUCAUUUUUAUGGGUUUAUUUUGUAUAGAAAGUUUUUACCCUUUUAGACGUUGACCCCUGCAAGGAAAAUUCCUGGAUCCG